GUCUUCAUUUGGGAAUAAAUGAUUUUCACUCAUUUCAUUCAAUUCAAUUAGUUUGUUCAUUCAUGAUUACGGAGAUGGAUGUGUUUAUUUGCUAACUUAGAUGCGAAAUUGUUUUUAUUUGCGCAGAAGUGAUUUGUGGUUAUUAACAAUAUGUGUUCACUUUAUAUCGCGUAUUUCGAUGAAUGUUUUUUAUAAAGUUUCUCGUUUUUAGCGUAUGUUCGGGAUUUUGUUCUAGUGCAGUUCAAAUAUUGUGUUAAUAAUGCCGGGUCUUAUUGGUAUCGGUGAAUUUAUUGACGAAACUCGAGAGGAUUACAGUUCGCCGACCACUUCUACUUUUGUUUCGCGUAUGCCACAAUGCCGGCAAACUAUCAACGCUUUGGAAGAGACCCUGGAUUUCGAUCGUGAUGGCCUAACAAAACUCAAGAAAGCGAUAAAAGCUAUCCACAAUUCCGGCAAUGCACACGUGGACAAUGAGAUGUACCUCUCCCGGGCGCUGGAGCGCCUUGGAGGGAACGCCCUCAGUAAAGACUCCGAGCCGGACAUUGGCGCUGCUUUCUUCAAGUUCGCAGUCGUCACCAAGGAGCUUUCUGCUCUGAUGAAGACGCUGAUGCAGAACGUAAACAACAUAGUAAUGUUUCCCGUGGACAGUCUUCUAAAGGGUGAUCUCAGAGGGGUCAAGGGCGAUUUGAAAAGGCCAUUCGACAAGGCUUCCAAAGACUACGAGUCCAAGUACCUGAAAAUAGAGAAGGAGAAAAAGUCACAGGCUAAGGAGGCCGGUCUUAUCCGGAGUGAGGUGACGCCAGCUGAAAUAGCUGACGAGAUGGAGAAGGAACGGAGGUUGUUUCAGUUGCAAAUGUGUGAGUACCUGAUAAAGUUCAACGAGAUAAAAACAAAGAAGGGCAUCGAACUGCUGCAGCACCUGGUGGAGUACUAUCACGCACAAACAAAUUAUUUUCAAGAUGGACUGAAGACGAUUGAGCACUUUGGCGUAUACGUCGCGGAUCUCAGUGUGCAGUUGCAGAAGAUAAGGCAGCAACAGGACGACGAACGACGGAGACUCUUAGAACUAAGGAAUAUGCUGAGGGCUGCUACACCACAGGAUAGAGAAGCCGCCGCAGCUGUGGGUGGCUAUUCCCUCCAUCAGUUGCAAGGCGACAAACAACACGGCGUAACACGAAGCGGGUACCUCCUGAAGAAAUCCGAAGGCAAAGUGCGGAGGGUAUGGCAAAAGAGGAGAUGUAGAGUCACGGCGGAAGGGUUCCUGGACAUCUUCCACGCUGAUGAAAACAAGACACCGGCAAGAGUGAACCUUCUUACGUGCCAGAUAAAAGUUGCCUCGGAAGAUAAACGGGCGUUUGAUCUAGUCUCAUAUAAUCGUACCUACCACUUUCAAGCGGAAGAUGAAAACGAACAGCGAGCAUGGGCGUCGGUACUCGUCAAUUGUAAGGAAGGAGCGUUGAUGAGGGCGUUUCACCAGCAGGCUGGGGAGAGCAACGAUAAUGGGCAUUCCUUGUUAGAUCUACAACGAGCUAUCAUACGUGCUGUGCGGUCGUUACCUGGGAACCAAGUGUGUGCAGAUUGCGGAUCCACAAAUGAUCCCACCUGGCUAUCGACGAACUUCGGCGUAAUCGUGUGUAUAGAAUGUUCUGGAAGUCACAGAGAACUAGGCGUUCACAUAUCAAGGAUACAGUCGUUAACGUUGGAUAGACUGAGCACCUCACAGCUUCUGAUUGCGAGGAACAUGGGGAAUCAAAUGUUUAAUGAGGUCAUGGAGAAUACGUUGGACGAUAGAGAUAAAUUGACACCAGAAAGUACUAUGGAAGAAAGGUUAAGGUUUAUCCGGGAAAAGUACGUGUACCGGGCGUGGGCGGCGCGGACAUGUCGGGACGCGGCCGAGAGACUUUCGGAAGUGGAGCACGCAGUCAACAAUGGCCACCUGCAGAACUUACUGCAAGCUUACGCUGAAGGGGCUGACCUAGGAUCCGUGCUACCCAGUUCGGAUUGCGGCGAAACGGCUCUCCACCUCGCCAUAUCCCGAGAAUUAGGCGACGGUUCUUGUCUUCACAUAGUCGAUUUUCUAGUCCAAAAUGGCGGUUCGCAACUACUAGACAAAGCCACGCUAUCUGGUAUGACCGCGCUGCACUUGUGCGCGGCGAUCGAUAGGACGGAGCCUAUGAAAUUGUUGCUGAAGGCAGGAGCCGAUUCUACGAUAAAGGACAACAAUGGAAGAACUGCGUUGCAGAUUGCGAGGCAGUUGGGGCACCAUGCGUGUCAAGAGUUGCUCGAAAGUGUAGACAAGCGGGAGAAGAGUAUUUAUGAAAACAUCAACAUAGACUGGAAUCUAGCCCACGAUGACGGCUCAACGGAUUUCUCUGACGACGAUACCGUUAUCGACGAAAGGCAAAACGGUAGCGUGACGCCAGAGAAGAAAUGUCCCAGAUCGCGGCCUCCAUCUUAUGCGGGUACGUGCGGUGCGGGGGGUGGUGGUGGUGGUGGGGAUUCCCCUGUGCUUCGCUCCAGGUCCUCGACUUGCGACUCCUUGCAUCACGCGCCGCCUACGCCGACCACGCUGCCGAGGAAACCCAACGUUUUUUCUUGCAUUAUUCUAGAUAACAUAGGGAGCCUGAAGAAACGUGCGGCGCCCCUACCUCCGGCUGUGGCGCUGUCACACCCCCCGCCGCACCCUCGCUCCACACCCUCACCUUCGGCUGACAGCACAAGAUCUAUUCAUGGUGGUGUGAGCGGAGCGGGCGCGAGCAAGCACCGGCCGCAGCAGCCGCCGCCCACGCCGCCGCCCGCGCCGCUGCACAACGGCGCGCACAGGGACGAGCCCACGCCGCCGCCUAGGAAAAAAAAAAAUAGAUUGCAACUGGAAAACGCUGUGAAGGGAAAACUGAAAAGGGAGUGUUCUAGUCAAGAUUCAUCACUGGAGCUAUGCGAUAUAUCGGAUGGCUUAGACGACAGUCGGUUGCAGUCGGCGUUGUCGUGCGACAGCUCACGGUCGCGGGAACGAUCGCGACGCUGCGACAGUCGCUCGCUUGACGUUUCCGAUACCUCCAGCGUGCACUCGCGAUCGCCUUCCACAUCUAUCACUAUGAUGGGCGGCGGCAUGCGGCGGUGUAGGGCGCUAUACGACUGCUCAGCGGACAACGAAGACGAGCUCUCGUUCCGCGAGGGGGAAAUCAUCGUCGUCAUCAACGAACGCACCGAAGACGACAACUGGAUGGAAGGCCAAGUCGAAGGCACCGGCCGACGCGGGAUGUUCCCCGUCUCUUUCGUACAUAUGCUGCCUGAUUAAUGGCAGAGAGAGAUGGCCAGGUCGAUGGUACCUCGUCUCUUUCGUGCAUAUACUAUCCGAUUAAUGGUAGAGUGAGAUUGCAAGGAUCAGGUUUAUGUAUGCCUUUUGUGAGCAAAGAUUUUAGCAUCGUGUUGAUUAUAUUACGUACGCGAAUGUAUUGUCAGAGUACUAGAAGAUUGAUGGCGGCGGUCUGGCAGCUUUAACAUCGCUGCAAAAUGCCAGGCUUCUAAAACCAGCAAUUGUAUCGUAGGGGUACAUGCCGCCGGUUUUGGUUUGUAAUAUCCAUAAAAAGUUUGAAUGUUCGGAAAUGCAACUGUCGGAAAGAUUGUCAUUCUACUUUAGUUUUGUUUUAACCAAAAUAAUAGAUGUGUGGAUGGUAUGUUUUUUCGAUUAAGUAGUUCUAUCAUGCUGGAAUGAAAUCGUCAUAGAUUGUAUAAGAAAAAGAGAAAAAUCAAUUUUGCAAUGAUUGCGCAUUACGACGGACCAGCCGCGCACGUGAAUUUUUAAUUCGAGUCUGUUAAAGAAAUCUGGUCGACAUGUCUCAUUGAACACGCGGUUGAUAAAACAUAGAAGAUUUUUUUUUGUCAAUAGUCAUUCGAAAAUAGAUGUCACAAACUCAUGAUUAGUUCGUACUGUGUCUUGCGACAGUACGACUGGCCGCUGCCAUGAUUGAACUGAAGACACAUACAGUAUAUAUGAACCGCUCACCACGGUAGAGUUUUCGCUAUGUCAACCAUAAUGGGGUGUAAAGAAUGCUUCUAUGUUUUAUCAUUCGCUGGUUAUUGCGGCUCGUAUCGUCUAAUCCAAUUUGCUAUAAUUGAUGUUGCCCUGUAGUAGGUGAUACGCCAUUUUAGGACCAGUCUUCUAGAUUGAUAAAAAAUAUUUUAAAUGUGAUAUAGUAAAGAUCUCACAAUAAUAUGCCUAUUCUUUGAAAUCAAAACUGAACAGCUUUGGUACGUAAUGUAAGGCCUAAAGCUUCAGCGUUCAUUUGAAGAGCUCAGAGCUUAUUUACUCUAGUGUUCUAUAUUCAAUGAAUCUUUACACAUCUGUUUUAACGUGCACAUUGUUAGGUUGUUAAAAUAUACAGAGUAUAAGAAGAACGUUAGCAAAAACAAAGACAGGUGAUAGUACGGAUGAUUACUGAUAAAGUACCACAAAAAAACGCAAAAAAAUAAUUAAAAUACUAUAUUUUUAAUUAAAAGUUCGCAAUGUAUUGAAAAUAAAACAUCUGACUUACGCCAGAGGUCAACGAACGCUGUGUAGUUAGGUGCCGCGGGGUCAACGUCGCGUCGUAUUUUCCUAGGCGGAGCAUUGACUCCGAGUUUUGCACGCCAUACAUUGCAGAUUUGGAAAAUACUAAAUCACUAAAACUACAAGUGCAAAUGGUUAUUGGUGUUGGAUUGUGAUUAGGUAGUAUAAUAAUAGCGCUAAGUUUUUACUAGCGUUCUAAUUACAUCCUGUAUAAUACGCUUGUCGGGUUAAACAGAGGUCGAUAAGGCUGAUCGCAUAUUUCAUGUGUCGAACGCGCUGUAUCGCAUUUUACAAUUCCUUCUAUAAAAUCCGCACUCAAAAUUCGAUGAAAAUGCAGCGAAUUUGGGGCAGAUGUGUGUUCAUGAUAUCUUACACGGAAUUAAAUAAAUCGUAAUGUGCGGCGCGGCCAGGUAUGCGAUCAUCUUAAUACAUCAUUGUGAUAUUUAUCAUCUGCACAAAACAUUGUUUUUAUACAAGAAUUUUAAUACUUCAUACAUUUUUAAAACGUGACAAUUUUUUGGAAAAUUUUGUCAUCUUUUUACAUAGUUGAUAUAAUCGAUUUAAAAAAUGUUUUAAACUUAUUAAAUAAUUUGAUUAAUUAUUAAGCGCUCACAAUAAUUGCUACAAAAUAGUUACGAGUUGUCAUAAAAUGCUUUAGUGUUAUGUAUUACGAAAUGGAAACACCAAUAUUGUAACUUAUGCCACUAGAUACUCCGUCCCGAAACGGAUUUUUACUUGAACUUUUUUAUUGUUUCCAUCAUAGUUCUGAAAGACCGAUUUUUAUCAAAUUUCAUGUAAACAGCAGAAUGAACUACGAAUUAAUUGCGAGCGGAAAUUAUUGAAACACUGAUAUGUACAUAUACAAAUACCCUGGAAGAGGUGUACCAUACAAAAUGAGAGCUUCACUAAGCUUCUUCUUCUUCUUCACUUGAUUGGUGGCUUAUUGUAUUGCUAACCUAGCACAAUGCACUUCGCCAAUGUCGAGUAGCUUGAGGGAGGCACGUAGGAGAUUGGUCGGUAAAAAUGUGCCAAUUUACUUUUCUGUAAUAGUUUAUAAAUGUAUUUGACCAGGAAUUAAAUUUGACAUAUUCUGUCAAAUGGUCCUCAUGCUGAUAGGUACUAUGUUGGCAGAUAUUGUCUCAUCACUAACAUUAGUUCCGAAAACACUCACAUUACAAACGACGCUUACUGCUGCUAUCAGCGCCAAAAUUGCGAAAAUCAAGUUGCUUCAAAAACCGAUCGGCAAUCGUAGUCCAGCGUAUUUGUAUAAGUAGACGUCAGUGGAUUAAAAGAAUUUAAAAGAUACAGUUACUUGAGAAAAAAAGAGUUUUCUAUUUUGCGUAUAUUUUAUUUUAAUUUAUACCGCAUCUGGCCUAUGGGUGUAAGACCGCACAAAAAGUGUAAGGCGGUUUAAAUCUUGUGUUAGCGGUUUUAAUAAGUUUACCGCAACCUAUUUUGCGGUUAUUAGGUACAAAGGCUCGCAAUAGAAAUUCAUUGUGCGUCCUAACACAAAAAUGAGAAUGUUAUUUGAAUUAGUACAACAGAAUACUGCUCAAAUGCAAAAGCAAUAGUCAUAGAAAUUCAGAAUGUAUCCGUCUAUAGCUACGGUCUAUAGACAUAUGCGAUUGCAUGUGAAUGUUUGUGUAAGGAGUUUGUUGUUAAGUGUAUACCGACGGGCUGCAUUUGGUCCACAAGCCAACUGCAAACUUGCAAUUCUAAUGUGGUUCUAUUGCAGUUGAUAUAAUGUCAUUGAUAGGCCCACACCGCGUAACUGCCUCACUUUGGAUGUUCGGCGGCUAACCUAACUAUUGGGGUUAUUUAUACGGGCGACCUAUUUUGUAACUAUGUCACUACAAAAAAGUGGACGACAGUUAAUCGUGCCGUCCUGAAUGUACAAGCCAUGACAAUUUAAACUGCUCGACUGUCUGUCGUCACAAUAGACUGGGAAUGUGGCUCCAGCUACACGUUCCGUCUUACCUGAGAGCUUACCUGCACAAGCUAGUUUGUGCAGAUAAGUGCGUGUGUGUAGACGGCAAGACGGUAUCUGCGCAGUUCCAAAAGCUGCUAAAGAUUGGACUGCGCAGUUCUCGGUCUUACCUGCACAGUUAAAACUGCACAGGAGCGUGUAGCCGGAGCUUAAGACUUGCAAUAAGAACUUUACGCAGAUUGGCGCAGUUUAUAGUCAACUGCAGUAGAACCGUAUCCAAACUGUAAUUUGCAGUUGGCUUGCACUCCAAAUGCAGUUCCGUCUCUAUAGUAUAUACAUUAAGUCUAACGACAUCGUAAUUCGUAUUGUACAGCUCAGAUAGUGAUUUGCCAAAAAUUAAAAUAAAUGUGAUCUUUGUAGUUGGAGUAAUAUUUUUCAGCGACAAACUAUUUGACCAGUGAACGUUUGUUGUGUAGUUGUUCUCGUAGUUAUGUCUUAGAUUGUUGCCUAGAGGAGAUUGCGCUUUCUGUAUGGAUACUACAUGCUUCACGACCCGACAAUUCUAUUAAGUUACUUUUUAUGUUAAAAUUUUGAGGAAAAGUUCAUUGAAACAACAUAGCGGUACGCAUAUUGUUUAUUGUGUAUAACUACCUGUUUUUUUUUUUCUUGAAAUAAGUACCUCAAAAGUCUUAAGUCUAUCUUUAAACCCUUCUUUAAACUGUAUUCCUUUUAUUUUUAAAUAAUUUUUAAUAGCUAUACAUUUCUUUUUGUUUAAAAUGCUUCAAUAAAAAAAAAGUUCCAUGGUGCUGAUUCGGGUUUACACAAUUUCUAAAGCAAAUUGACAGGUCUAUUAAGCGUGGCAUUCUUAUAUUCCCUCUGGAAAAGAAAAGCGCUACUGUUUGACCGGUCAUUUUAGUGAUUUUCUAAAAUUGAAUGUGAAACUGCACAAAAUAGGUAACAAAAUUGUUGUGUGGUCUGUAGUAUCGAUCAGAGCAUGUAUUAUCUUGUUAUAAAUGUUAAAUUUUAUCACUUACACGAUACAUAACUUUUAUGGCGAUAUUAGUUUACGUAAAUUUUCUCAUAUUAUACAAUCUACAAAUGCUAUUAUCUUUGAAAAAUACUGAUAUCUAAGGGACCAGACGGUAGAAAAUUUUAAAUUUAUCAAUUCAUAUUUUACAUUUAUCCAAUCGAAGUUAGUUAUAUAUUUAAUUCAUGCUUGGAUAUUUUGUGGUUGGACUCAGAGCAUUGAAAUGCAUUACUGCGAUUAGUUAAAUUAUAAAUAUGAAUUGAUAAAUUUAAAAUCCUCUGCCAAUUUGUGCUAUCCCUUAUAUUCACUUAAAGAUGUUAAUAAUAUGAUAUUGUGAUACAAGUUUUUACGUACCACACAUUCCCUUGUAAUUAUUUUAGUUAAUGGUGCUCAUUUGGUUUUACACAAUCUUUAAACUACAAUGAUGGGUCUAAACGUAUUAAGUACUGCUAUCUUUUUCACAACAUUCUCUGCGAAAAAGGAUAGCAUGAUAUUUAGGGUGAGAUUUAUAGAGCAGCGCACUUUGACUUUGCUCAGACUUAAGAUUGAGUUAAAACGAGACAGAUUUAUGUGAGAGAUAUACAUCUUUCUCGUUUUAACUCUGUCUUAAGUCUAAGCAAAUUCAGAGUGCGCUCUAUAGAUUUCACCCUUAGACCAGUCAUUUUAUUUUAGUUGAGAGAUUGUGUACAACCGACUUAGUACCAUUGUGUGUAUAAUAAGUUCAGUAAUCCUAUUAUAUUCAUAGUGUUGUAAGUGAUUCAUACAUUGUAAAGUUACCUUCAUUAACGCGCGUUGCCAUAACCUAGUACAUAAAAGAGUAAGACGUAUUUACGCCAAUUAUUAUUAUUAUCUAUUAUUUAAUAAUAAUCUUUUACACAGCUCAAGCUUUCAUCCCCUUUACAUUUUAAAACGAAACACUUAUCAAUUGUAACUAAAAACCUAGGUAUUAUAAUUUUUAUUACAAAGUAAAAAAUCAUGUACAUAGAUUCCUGAUAAGAUUUAUAUAUAGCUAUUAUCCUAAUUUAUUUUUACAAAAACAUCCUUUUUUACAUUAUAAAAAGGACGUCGUGUCUUUUGUGAUAAAGUCUCGAUGUAUUAUUUGAAAGAAUAAUUUAUUUAAUGGUAGGUACCUAUGUUUAAAACAAUUAUUUGUGAUGCCAUUUAAACUUGACUUACAUGAUUUAUUGUGGAUUGCGUUCUUAUAAACUAGACUUAUUCCAAUGCAAUAGAAACUAUUUAAUGGCUCACUUAAUAAAACACUUAUAAAGAAUGCUGUGAUUAAAAUGCUAAUACUUGCAUACUGCAAUUUAACAAGAAGAAAUGAGAUUUAGCUUAGGGAAUGCAUUCCACAAUUAUUUAUGAAAGUCAGUUUAAUUAAUAUUACUUAUUAAAGAAGUUAUGUAACCAAAUGAUGCUAUAGUGCGUAAGAUGUUUUAUUAUGUAAUGUAGUUUAUUAUAAUUAUGGAGUUGUAGUUGAGAUAGUUUUUUCUAUUGUGUAUUAUCUAAAUGAAAAUCUGUAUGAAUUUAUCAAUACAUCAUUUCGAUGUCAUA